AUGGCACGUACGAGGUGCCCUCUCGAGGCAAUCCCCAAACGUCGUUCACGCGGACCAAGGUUUGUUGAACAUUACAGCAAGGGUCUAUCGCAAACUGGCACGGAAAAAUCGCAAGGUUCAAAAGAUAAUAUUAUACGGAUUGAUAAGGAAAAUCGUCGCACCGAUGAGUACUUAACGAGAGAAUUGAAAGACAGUGAGGUAAUCCAUUCUAAAAAGCGUCCAUUUAACUACAACGAAGCUAGAGCGAGCUUUACACCUGUCUGCAAAACUACCACUCUAUGCGUGUUUGGAUCGCCAUCCCUUGACUCCCUCGCGCCUUCUGACAAGGACGGUCGUACAGCUAGAGAAGAGAUGAGUAUAAUUCUGAAAGCUCCACUAUGCGUGAACGCAUGGACCAGGCUUUCGAAGCUUUAUGUGAUGUGCCAAGAAUUAUGAAGUUAAUAAAGUUGUUCCC